AUGAAGGCCCAUAUGCUUGUAGGUGUGCUGGUCAUGGUGGGCUUCGCAGUGGGAAAAGCUCCCGUUCCUGAAGUCCGGACCUGCCACCUCUGCCUCUUAGAAGACCCUUCUACGGGGUGCAUUUCAGGCUCAGAGAAGUGCACCAUCAGCACCCCAUCGCCAUGUAUGGUGAUCACCAUCUAUUAUGAUACCAAGAUUCGUUUCUUCAUCCGAGGCUGUGGACAGUAUAAUUCUUACCGCUGCCAAGAAAAACGCAAUACCUACUUCUCGGAGUACUGGUACCAGGCCCAGUGCUGCCAGUACGAUUACUGCAACUCCUGGUCCAGUCCCCAACUCCACAGCUCCCCACCUGAUCCCCCAGCUGGGGCCUGGGCCUUGCCCCUGUCCGAGUCCCAGAUCCAGUGGUUCUACCAGGCUCUGAACCUCUCACUGCCCAUCCGCAGCUUCCAUGCUGGGAAAGAGCCCAAAGGGUUGGACGCCCCGGCCAUCCUGCCCCUGAACCUGAACUUUUCCGUUGCUGACCUGCGUCGCAUAUAUUUGUUCCUCAAUAGCUCGGGACUUUUGGUUCUUCCCUGGGUGGGGCCCUGA